AUGUCAGCCAGUAAAGCCAAAUAUCCACUGGGCUCUCCUCAAGAGCAUAUUGAAAUGUGUGAAACCCACGAUUUACCUAUUGAUGUUAUAUGUGAAGAUUGUGAUGAAUUCGUAUGUGCCAGGUGUGCCAAGACAGAUCAUAAAGAACAUGAAUGGAGCACUUUACCCACGGCAGCCAGCCAAAGAAGGAGGGGCCUGCCUAGGUUUCUGAAGAAGAUAAAAGAAGAAGAUCUGCCUGGGAUUGAUGAGAAGUUAGAGAAUAUUUCACGAAAGAUCACAGAAAAUACAGAACAGUGUGAUGCUGAGAUUAAAAAGCUUCAUAAGCAUGUUGAUGAGAUAAUAACAAAACUGUCAGAAAUUAGGAAAGAUAAUGAGCAGAAAUUGAAAGAGAAUUUGGAGAAAAGCAAUGAAAAAUUGGAUGUCGCAAAAUCUGAUUUAUGCAGAAAGAAGAGAGAAAUUGCAGAAAUAGUUCUGUUCUUUUCGGAAAACAACAGUGUCAUGUCAGAUCACGGUUUUGUUGACAACCACAGGGAACUGACAAAAAUGCUGUAUGGAUUAGAUGUUGAUUUGAAGAAUUGUACACCAUCCAUGAGAUACAGUAAAGGAGAAAUUAGUGAUGCAGUACUGGAGAACUUAAUUGGAAAGUCGUUUGAUUUAGAUGAUAUCAGAAUCUGUCAGUCAGUGGGAGGUGGACUACUUGUCACCUUGGUAGAUAAAUCACAUGAUUUGAAAUUAGAGCCACACAGCAGACGUCUGGUGAGACACAUCACAGUGACAGGUGACGUCAUCCAUGAGUAUGAGUACCAGGAGGACGGUCAGACCAGACUGUUCUCAUAUCCAUUUAGGGUCACACAGAACAGUAACAGUGAUAUCUGUGUUGUGAACCGUACAAGUGAAUUUACAGGUGGAUUAAUGAUUCUGUCUACCUCUGGCCAUAUCAAGUCUAUCUACCGUGGACAAAAUCUUACAAAGGACUUUUGGCCAAGUAAUGUAGUCUGUGAUAUCCUCUGUAACAUCCUUGUUCCGGACAUUAAUGAUGUACGGAUUCAUCUGCUGAGUCCUGAUGGUGAAUUUUUGAAGUUCUUACUGACAGAAAAUGACAGGAACCAUCCAUCCAGAUUAUCACUGUACAAAGCUACUCUAUGGGUGGGAUAUAGGGAAGGAUUUGUCAAAGUGUUUCAGUACAGAAUUAAAGGAGAAGUCAUUGACGCUGUACUGGAAAAAUUAAUUGGAAAGUCGUUUGAUUUAGAUGAUGUGUAUUUGACUGAAACAAGCUCAUUUGAAUACGGAGAGAAAGAGGUAGUUUUGCUGAGAGUAUCUGGACAUGUCUCUACUUUCAUCAGUGCAGAUCCACUGCAACCAGGAGGAAUCUGUCAGUCAGUAGACAGGGGACCUCUAGUCACCUUCUUGGAUGAGGAAUCAGAUGAUUUUAAAUUAGAAUCACACAGCAGACGUCUGGACUUUUGGCCAGGUAAUGCAGUGUGUGACUCCCUGUGUAACAUCCUUGUUAAUGACUUUAACAACAAACAGAUCCAUCUGCUGAGUCCUGAUGGAGAGUUCCUGAAGUUCUUACUGACAGAAAAUGAAGUGAACUGUCCAUCCAGAUUAUCACUAUACAAGUCUACGCUUCAGCGCCUAAACAUCGUCUUCAUCAUCAUCAUCAUCGACAUCAUCGUCAUCGACAUCAUCGACAUCAUCGUUGUCAUCACCUCUAGAACCAAGAACACCUCAGUAUGGUGCUAA